GCGCGGGAGCGGAGCGAGCGGAGCGCCGAGAGCGGCUUCUGGCCCCGAAGUGGCUGCGAUGCGGGUCAGGAUGAUUUCAGCUGCCUCCGUCCUCGUCCUGCUCUUCCUGCCCUCGGAGACCUGCUCCCCGCUGCAGUGGCCCCGGGGUCCGUCCCGCAGGCUGACCCUGGCCCCACAGCUCACCUGGGAGCCCUGGAUGGGAGCCCCGAGACCUCCGGUCCCCGCCACCGAUCCCCUGCCCCAAAGACUGUGCCUGUUCCACGGGGCAGAGCUCGGCCCGGCCCCCCGAGCCCGGCGGGCGCUGCAAACCGGCAAGAGGCGAGACGGAAAACCCAACUCGUUGGAUCUCACCUUCCACCUCCUGCGCGAGUUCCUGGAGAUGUCCCGGGAGGAGAGACUGGCCCAGAAGGCGCUCAGCAAUAAGCUCUUGCUGCAGAGCAUAGGGAAAUGAGGGAGGGUCGUUGGAGGCGGGGGAUUGAAGGAGACCGACCCCGUAACAAGACACCACGGCAGAGCGGAGAACGGGAGGAUGCUGUGGGCUGCAGCUGUGCCCAGGGAGUCCCCACCUUGCCCGGCAGUGUUCCUGUCACUGCGUCCCGCGUGUCACUGUUGUGCAUUAAAGUCACAGUCGUACCUGC